AUGACGCUGCUGACGCGCACCGGCCUGCUCGAGGGACGGCGGCGGCAUGUCGCACGCCGCGCCAACAAGUGUCAGCCUCGUCACUUGACUGUUUCCUGCUCAUUCCAGCCACCGCAGAGCAGGGCGGGCGCGGCGGCCCCGGGGCUGGCCGUGGAGCCCCUGUGCCAGGCCGCUCCCUACUCCCUGCGCCCGCUCGCCGCGCUGCUCAACCCCUACGCCAGGGGCUGCUCCGUCCUGUGCAACCACCCCGCCGACACGCAGAGCAGGGACGCCCUGCGCCGCGUCAAGGAGACGUGGCCGACGGAGAGGGUGCUGGCCGGGGAGGACGCCCUCCCCGAGGAGCUGUUCCGGCGCUACACCGACACGGACUCGCGGCCGCACUCGCCGCCGGGGGUGGGGGCUCGCCACUCGCGUGGCCCCGGGCCGCCCCUCCUGGCGCCGCCGCCCUCGGGGGCGACCGUGGCGGGGGCGGGGCAGCGGCGGUGCCGCACGCCUGACCCGUACCACCCUCACACCUACCUUCACCACCCGGCGGAGCUGCAGCAGCAACAGCAGCCUGGCCAGCCGCAGCGGACCCUGCUCGUCUUGGACUUGCGGCGGUCUCGGAGUCACGAUACGUUGUCCGUGGCGGCGGCGGUAAGGGAUCGUCGACCAUGUCUUCUUGGGGCGCAAUAAGUGUU